AUCAUUGCGCAUUUCCCUUCUGGUCUUCUCCCAACACCAACCAUCACGUACAAGGACAAUCCUGUUGAUCCCUUGACGAUGCUCUGUAAAUUCAGUUUUCCCAACUGGAAAAACGUGUCAUUUGGUAUUGAAUGGUUUACUGAUGGCUACUCAGUCAAAAAUGACACUAUUUGCAGUGAUGAAAGUGAUCCUGAUUGCUCGAAUAGGCACAGUGGAUUACCUGCACUCCAUCCCGACCAAAUACGGUCUUACUUCAAACCAGGACAUAGGGUUCACUGUAAGCUGCGCAUGAGAUAUAACACAAAUGUUGACAACAAAUGGACCGCCAUUACAAAGCAAAGUACCCAGUACUUCGUUGGUAUCAAGGUUGUUGCCUCUCAUCAAAAUGGACUUUUAAAGGAAUGUAAUAAAGAUACACGAAUCACAGUCACCUUCACACCAACUGUACCUAUUGUGGAUGAUGCAAAUCAAAAGCACUUGUCUAUCAAAAUCCUUGUGCCGGAUCGCGAUGAAUUACAAACUAAAAGUGCUAUUGAUACAUGUGACUUAAAACUUCGUCAUGGAAUGCCUCCUAACGAAUCACGUAUCAUCACCAUCACCCCAGUUUGCGAUAACAUUGAUCAAACCAACGUAGGUUCGAUGGAGUACCGUUUUGUCAUUGCCGACUUUGGACAAAGAUUUUGGUUUUUGUAUAAGCUACCAUCCGUUAGGGUUUCCAUUUCAAAUACGCCACAAAAGCAGUGUUCAUCAGUAACAGACCCUCAUUAUACAACAUUUGAUGGAAGAUAUUACAACUUUAUGCCUAUUGGAGACUACGUUCUUUACAAAAACACAUUUACGGACACGGAGGUACAUGCUCGUUCAUGGGUUUGUGUGCAUUGGUCUUCUGAUGUUACGUGCAAUUGUGGAGCUGCAAUUCGUGAGGGAGCUGAUAUUAUCAUUUUCAGCGUAUGCAAUGCAAAUCUUGUUCAAACGCCUAGACUUUUGAAAACUGAAAUACGAAGUGAAGGUGGUCUGGCACCAGGGACCCAUAUUAUUAGAACUGUUCAAGGCAGUAAAGUGACGCAUGAUGUUCUUCUUCCGUCUGGCAACCGUGUUAAAGUCGAACGUUAUAGAUGGGGCCUUAACAUAUUUGUCAAAGCAUUCGCACCUAAACCAAACACCAUAUUUGGAUUGUGUGGCAAUUUGAAUGGAAGGCAAGACGAUGAGUUUCAUCAAGGAGGUGACAAUCAAAACUAUGGUCAGGAUGCAGUUUCUUUCGGAGAGAGCUGGAGGGUAGAUCCAAGAAAAAGCAAUUUUAAUUUACGUCUUCCGGCACCAACCACUCCACCUACAGCGAAACAACCCAAGUAUUGUGAGUGCCCCGAAACUGAACAGCAGUCUCCGAAUUGUGAUUGGAACGCAAACAGAUUCAAAGACUUCAAAAAAAUCCCAGGACAAGAUAUUGCCGACCAGUUUCGAAAUAAUCGUCGACGACGGUCAAUCACUGGAAAUUUUUACAGUGAUGACAUAAUGGAUUACGAGGAGAGAAGCUUUUUUGUUGACGAAAAAGAGGUACAAUUUGCGCUUCGACGUAUUCGAUCAAGACGAUCAGUAAGCAAAGAAGUCAUGUCCAAUGAAAAUGCUACGAAACACUGUAGAGCUGUCAUAGAAGAUUCAACGGCUGGAAAGACAUGCAGUGAUGUUCCUGGGUUUAACCUGACAUCAGCCAUGGUAGAAUGUAUCACUGAUUUAAAGUUAACUGGUGAAAUCAAGUUUGCGGGUGCCGCAUUUGACUCGAUGAAAGAGGCUUGCGAAGAAGUUGCUUUAAAAAACGUUUCUUUGUAUAAAUCGGACGCUAGUGGAAAAUUCAAACCUCCGGCAGACAUA